AUGCCCAUGUCUGACACGAACACCGACGCUGUCGACGGCGUUUGCGUGCGCUACGCGUGCGAUUGUGGGCACUUGGCGCCCGUAAGCGCUCUGUUUUUCAGCGAGACGUGUAGUAAACUGGUGUGCCGCCGUCCAUCCUGCAGCGUCGAAGAGUUCGAGUCGUAUUACUGCGGGAACUUGCUCGUGAAUUUGCCGUCCAAAGAGGCGAGCAUGUACCAGAACCGCUCGAGCCGCUGCUUUAGUUGUCCCAUGUGCGAAAAUACGUUGUCUGUGGCCUUUCAUGAUCGCAAGCAGUGCUUCUUCUUCCUGUGCGCGCACUGUCGUUGGGAUUCGCUGGAGCUGGAACUAGUCGACGACGACCCGGACGCUCUCGUCAUGAUGGCCAUCAAGAGGGAGCGGGAGACGGUCCAUGAGGAGGCAUUUCAGGCGUUGUGCUCGCACUAUUCGACCACGUCGAGCUCCUCAUCCAGCACCGGAGCAAGUGGCGCUCUGUCGAUGAGCUCCGGGACGGCUUUUGGUCGGACUGACUCGCUCGAGCUGCUGGCCAACUCGAUGAAAGAGCUUCAACGUGAGCACCAGAUGAAAAAAUUCCGACUUCAAAGGAUGGUAGAGAUGGGACACUGGAAUUACGACCAAGCGCUUGCACAAGUACAGGAAAAGGAGCAGCGACUGCUGGAGCAGCGACGGCAGCAUCAGUGGCCUGAGCUGGCGAAGCAUCUUGCAGCACUACAGGAGCACGAGACUUUUCGGAAAGAAGGUGCAUUCGAGGAGACUCGUGACAUGAUCGAGAAGCUCGCGCUUCGUAGCGAUAUGGGUGGUGUGUCGACAUUGCAUCAGCGACUACUGCAUCCAUUGGAUCAGUCGCGCGAGGCUGCCAUGGUCUUUCCGUUUCGGCCACUACUGCGGGUGAAGCGCACGUGGAGGUGUGUGGAAUCAAUCAAGCGUGGUACCGCUGGCAUCCUUGUAAAGCCUCAGAUCAGUCCAAUGAGUGGCGACAGUUCGCUGCCUGUUUCGGCAUCAUGGUUUAAGAAAGCCAACUUGGCCGCGCAGUUCGUGCCUGUCGUUACAUUCCAGCGUCUGCCAUACCGUGGCGAUGACGGUGUAGUCGAAUGCGUCUUGCUUGUGGAAAACCCAUUAGACGACGCCGUCCGCAUCACACUCCGCCCUGCCACUCCGUCUGAGGCUGAUAAAUAUUUGCCUGAGAUUGGACAGGCCGCGCUGCAAGAUUUGACUCCGAUAAUCGUCGGGCCAUACGAAGAUCCGAAUAUUGCUGACGCUUUUGUUGACGAUGAACCACCGUUUGGUGCGAACAAUGGCCAGCGUAAUGCAAUGUUGCUUCAAGCUACUCGCAAUCUCAUUAAAAUCAAAGUUCAGGUCACCGCCGAUGUUGCUACAACGUCUCCAAAUGCAGCAAUAUCAGCAGGUUUCAUCAUAGACGUGGAAAGGUUUGAUGAAGACGCAAACGAGGUUAUUGAGAACUCACUGCUUAGUGUUCCGGUUGUGAUAACGGCUCCAAUAUCGCAGUAG